AUGCCAAUUUAUCUGUUUUAUAUCCACAAACCAAACACCGCUGAAGGAAGGGUGGUUUCAAAUCCAUGUGGCCCAGUUGCUGAAGGGGGUUAUUAUACAAAUAAAAAUCAUGCCGUUGAUGGUCUUGGUGGAGGCAACGAUAUUGGGGAUGUCAAGGGUGGUGGUACUGGAGGCAGUAAGGGAGUUGGCGUAAGUAGAGGUGGUGAUGAAGGCGGAGGUGGCAGUGUUGGGGGUGGCAAGGGAGGUAGGGAAGGUGUCGGUGUAAGUGGAGGUGGUAGUGCUGGAAGUGGGAAGGGAGGUGGUGUAGGCAGAGGUGGCGGUGUUGGGUGCGGCAAGGGAGGUGGUUAA